UAUCUCGGAAAUAAUCUGCCCACGUGUUAAGCUGCUUUAUCCCCGCCCGAGCUUCAACCCGACAGAGACCGCUACUUCAUUAGGGUACUCUGCACUAGAGUGGGAGAAAGGAAAAAGUCACCCCGGGUGAGUUAAAUUAAGUUCGAUAAAUCAUUUGUUUGCGGAUUAGAGGGGUGUGUCCUUGUCGCAUACAUGGGGACCUGACUGGACACGUGACAGACAACACCCGACGCGCCGAACCUGCCGCCGUGCGCUCAGUCCGGGAGACGGGAGGCGUAAAACAAGUGCACACUGGGAAUUGCAUCACAGCAAGAAGCUGGCAAGGGUGCUCUGGGCAUGGACGGCACUGGAUUUUGGAUAUUCCUGAUAACUGCUUCUGUUAUUCCAGGAAUAAAUGGCCAGACUGUUGAAAUGGAUGAUGGGAAGUGGGGUUUCGUUGGCUCAAAGGUGGAUCUCCGCUGUCGGUUCAUCAACAGCUUCCCACCUGUCAAAAUCUCUCAGGUGACAUGGCAGAAGCUGGUGAACGGCACGAAGCAGAACGUGGCCAUCGCCAAUCCCUCGCUGGGUGUGUCCGUUGCCCCGCCGUACAGGGACCGCGUUACCUUCAAGAAUGCUGCAGUGAGGCGGCGAACUCCGACCCUGGAAGACACCACCAUCACCUUCUCCCUGCUCCGCCUCGCCGACGAGUCCACCUACAUCUGUGAAUACACCACCUUCCCUGCGGGGAACCGGGAAAACACUGUAAACCUCACUGUCUACGUCCGGCCAACAACUCAGAUGAGUCUGUCCACACCGACGCUGGUGGCGCGUUCGUCCAAUCUGAAAACCCCGGUGGCCACCUGCGUCUGUGCCAACGGAAAACCAGCCGGUGCCAUCAGAUGGGAGACGAGGGUGCCGGGAGAAGUGACCACCCGGGAGUACCGCAACUCAGACGGGACCUUCACUGUUCAGAGUGACUACAUUUUGGUGCCCAGCAGAGAAACACACAAGGAGACGCUCACCUGCGUCACCACCUACAACGAGGAGGUCUUCACUGAUAGUGUCACCCUCGACAUUCAGUAUGAGCCAGAGGUUUCUGUGGACGGGUUUGAUGGAAACUGGUAUCUGAACCGAGAGAACGUCCAGCUGAGCUGCCAAGCUGAUGCCAACCCGGCCGUCUCUCUGUAUCAGUGGAGACUAAUUAACGGCUCCAUACCAAGCAAUGCAGAGAUCCGAGACAACGUCCUGACCCUUAAAGGGCCGGUCACGUACGACAUGCAGGGCACCUAUGUGUGUGAUGCAACCAACAGCAUCGGGACACGAUCGGGCUCUUUGGAGAUCAGCAUUAUAGAAAAGCCUCUGCCGCAGAUCGCAACUGGUGAUGUCAUCAGUGUAAUCGCGUUGUUACUGGCUGCUGGAGUUCUCAUGGGCAUUACCAUCACCGUCCUGGUGCUCAAAAUAAGAAGUAGAAAAGGGAACUCCUCAAACGCCUCCCCAUCCAGAAAACCUUCCCAGCAGAUGAGGAAAAGACCAGUAGAUGAUAUCCAGCACUCAGGGCGGUUUUACGAGGAGCUUCCAAACACAGCGGACUACGUUAGCUACAGGCUGGCCUGCAACAAGGAGGACUACCCAGAUCCCUACUCCCCUCCCAUCAACCCUCCUCUCUCGUUUCUGCCCCAACACCCCUACCACUCCCCUCACCCGCCCACCGCAUCCAGCAGCAGCGGCACCAACACGCCAAAAAACACCUUGUCUCCGCCCACCCACACCACUGCCAUCUUCAAAUACCCAUCGGUGUCCGGUCUGUCCUCUCCUCCCCCGGGGGUGGCGGCGUACACUUUUCCCAAAGAGCAGUACGUGUGACCAGCAGACACAUUUCAACGCAAACUGAAAACAAAUCCCCAGCGAU